CAUUUAGGGGUUUACAUUGUGUUAAAAGCAGUAGGCUGUCCAAACAUUUGUUAGACACGUGUUAGACUAGUUGUUACUUGAACUAUGUACAUAACUGGAUCACUUUUAGUCUUGUGUUGAGGCUGUGUAAACGGAAAUCCCAUGCAUUUUCAGGGGGUGUUCAAUACAUUUCAACAUUGAGUUAACUGGUUAAUAAGGUGUUCCAUGAGUGUUUAUAGCAUUUUUACCACAGGUCCAGUUUCUAUCUGAAAGAGGACGAAAAAAAAAUCAAGAAAUUCAAGUUACUUCAUAUUUGGCUUGGAGGGUGGUUUCCCAGCGCCUCCAUCCACUGCGCAGUUGUCUCCGUGCCCUGUGUGGCCACAAAGCCUCCCUUCCAAAAUGAGUUUCGGAAGUUGUGCGCUCCUCCCUGGUUAGAGUUUGGCGCAAAAAAGACACUCAACCAUGACAAUAACAUAAGUUCUAAUGGGGAAGUCUCGCUUACACUGGCUGUGCUUCCCUUUUUUAAGACUCAGCAGCAGCUUUCGGAGGUGCCCUCUUUCAAAAAGGAGUUUGAUAAUUGCGACCGUAUGUGUUGUCUAUUUGGUUUUUGUGGUUUCACAAGUUGGAUACUCGCAGCAGCACCGCCGGGACAGAAGGACAGAUAAAGACCGACACACCCGUGGAUUGUAUAAUUUGGAGACUAAUGGUGCCCUUCAAGACUCAGUGGACUUGCCGACCGGUGCGAGCUUUGUGGUUCCGACCCGGUCCAACGUGGUGUACAUAACGCUAAGGUCUAAGCGCCUGAAACCAGCAAAUAUUCGGGGUACAAUCAGACCAAAACUGAGGAAAAAAGUGAAAAGGAAUAAAACAGCCAGUUCAGCUUUUACGCAGAACAAACUUGGCACUUUGGAUCGGGACGAGGGCCAAAUUAAGCGCAACUUUGCACCCAAGACUUCCUGGAGAGAAAGCAGGGAUGUUGAUUAUAAAUCUUUAGAUAUAAUCCAGAAGUCUCAUAAAGAUGUAGUAGCAGACUCCAACAUUAGUUCUAUCAGAAUUUACAGCCAAAGAGCGCCACCAUGGUUCAGCCCACAGGACGUGAAAGCCAUGCGCUUUCUUGCGGAUGCCAAAGUUUUGCGCAUCAGAGAAGUUUCCCACGGAGACUCUUCAUCUCUUCUGAUAUUUGACGGCGAGACAAAGGUUUCACCGACCAACAAAAACCACACAAAGCGGAGCAAUGUGUGCGCGGGGCAGUGUGGAGUCAUCAGCAGCCCCGUGGACACUACUGAGGUCUUUGCUUUCCAUUUGGACAGGGUGCUGGGGCUGAAUAGGACAUUACCAGCUGUGAGCAGAAAGUUCCGAGUUGUACACGAUGGCCAGCCCUGUCCAGUGGUAUCAUGGGAUGCAUCUCUGUACCCAGAUGGCCUUGCUGCAGGCCAGGCCACCGUGAGGUUAACAUGGGGGGACUACCAGAGCUCCCUGAAACAAAGGUGCUGGCAUAAAAACAUCAUCCCGAAGCCCGGCUCUGGCUGCUCCACUAUUCAUCACUAUGAGUGGAGCAAGCUAGCUCUGUUCGACUUCUUGUUACAGAUUCACAACCGUCUGGAUAAGAGCUGCUGUGGGUUCAGGCCCCGGCAGGAAGAUGUGUGCGUGGAGCUUGGCCACCACACUGAAUGCGGGGACCAGGACCACAUCCAACUGGCAAACAUCAUCCACAGAGGUCACGACCCCAGACACCUGGUCUUCACCAACAACAAAGGGUUCUUUGACCGUAAUGAGGACAACUUGGACUUCAGGCUGCUCGCGGGAAUCAAGGAACUUCCAGAGCAGGCAGUGUCAGUGCUAAGGAGCAGGAGGCUGAGGGAAAAACUCCUCCAGUCUCUGUUCCUGGACCAGACGUACUGGGAGAGCCAGGGAGGCCGACAGGGCAUCGACAAACUGAUCGAUGUUAUUGAGAGGCGGGCAAAGGUCCUCCUCACCUACAUCAAUGCCCACGGGAUCAAAGUUAUCACAAUGAAUGUGUGAUGAGGUUCACACCAGUCAAGUGCAGAAUUACUGAGACAGCCAAGUAAAUUAAUGAUUUGAUCGCUGUGACUUCAGUGUGUCCUAUCCUGUCCUGUCAGAAUGUCCUUUUACAAGACACUGGAGCUUCAUCCAUUUACAUUUGGUGCUCUGGAUAAAAAUAUCAACUAAUGCCUAAAAUGAUUACAUAUAAUGUAAGUUAUGCCAAUUCUUUAAUAUCAUCUUGUAUCACAAGAGUGUGAUAUUUUCUUUUCUUUUUUUGCUAAUGAAGGACUUAUUAUAAAUUGCCCACUAACCUCUAAAAAAAGCAUAAGUUGUGAUAAUUAUGUAAUAGCAACCCAUUCAAGUAAUUUGUGGUUCAGGAAGCACCAAAAACCUGCCAUUUGCAUGAGAUACUGAGAAAUUCUUUAAUUUAACUAAUUUUGACAGCGAACCUAACUUUUACUUAAGGAAACUAAUUAGGUUCACUUCCUUCUCUAGGUCUUCAGUUCUUUCUUCCCCAUAGGCCAGUAAGCUGCUAUCAUUAUGUAAAGAAUAUGCUGCAGUUAGAACUUUUUCUCCUCCUGAGGCCUUCCAACAAGCAUACUUUGCAUUAUGCACGACGGGAAUGAUAAAUUAUGUUCUUCUCCACUCCUCAACUGUGCAGCAGGAAUUAAGAUAUCAAUAAAGCCUCUUAUUGUAGUUAAUAAGUCAUGGCCCAGAUCCACUUGGCUUGACCACCAUCACACAUUAUACACUGAAAAAAGAUUUUCAUUUAAAUGAGCUAUUUAUCUUAUGUACAGUCUUAAAAAUGCUCUUUUUCUUUUCCAAAGAACACCCAAAGAUGCCAAAGAAGCUUCACUUGUUUUCAGUAUAGCCUUGCCUGUAUAAUUUUAUUUUUAAGAUACAAUACAACAUUACUUACUGUAUUAUGAUGUACAUUAUAUAUCUUGAAACGUGUUUGGGAAAGAACUUGGGACAGUGAGAAUUUUAACUGAGAAGUCAGACUGUGCUAUUCUUUUUUACAUGCACUCUUUAUUUCAGUUAAACUAUGAAAACUCCUUUUGUCACAACCAUUUUCAUUGUAUUUAUUUAUUUUUGUACUAUUGAAGAUGUUUGAGCAUUAGAUGGUCAAUAAAAGCAUUUAUUUGGGCUUUGGGCUCUCAGAGUUGGAGUCAA